AUGACCAAUCCCUUGCCUGCGACCCUUAAAUCGACGGAUCUAGCCGUUCUCUGGGAGGAUCUUUCCCAGGGAAUAGCGCAGGUGUUUAAGAAUGAAUCCAUCAGCAAGAUGCGGUACAUGGAGAUGUACAGCCAUGUUUACAAUUACUGCACCUCGGUCCACUCUACAGCGGUCAACAGCGGGCCCAUCGUGCAAGGGCAGACUCCAAGCGGGGCCCAGUUCGUUGGUUUUGAGCUCUACAAACGUCUUAGUAAAUUUCUCAAAGAGUACCUUAACAAACUUCUAAACGAAGGAAUUGAUCUGUCGGACGAAAACGUGCUGCGCUUCUUCACCAAACACUGGGAUGAUUACCAGUUCUCCAGUCGCGUCUUGAACGGCAUCUGCUCGUAUCUUAACCGUCACUGGGUGAAGAGAGAGUGUGAUGAAGGGCGGAAGGAAAUCUACGAGAUCUACCAGUUGGCUCUCGUUACCUGGCGUGAAGUGCUCUUCUCAUCUUUAAAUCACCCCGUUACGAAUGCCGUUCUGAAGCUGAUUGAGAAGGAGCGAAAUGGUGAAACCAUCAAUACUAGUCUCAUCAGCGGAGUUAUGGGCUGCUAUGUCGAGCUAGGCAUCAACGACAAUGAUGGGAACAAAGGGCCAAGCUUGAAUGUGUACCACGAGGCCUUUGAGGUCAAGUUCUUCGUCGACACUGAGCGCUUCUACAAGCUGGAGAGUGAAACGUUCCUCGCUUCCAACUCGGUGACCGAGUACAUGAAGAAGGCGGAGCAGCGAAUCAACGAGGAGAAUCGUCGAAUCAUGCUCUACCUGCAUAAGGACACCCUUCCUCAGCUGAUGCAGACCUGUGAGAAAGUGCUGAUCGAAGAUCACCUGGAGAAGUUUCACCAGGAGUUUCAGAACCUACUCAAUGAUGACAAAAACGAAGAUCUGGGGCGCAUGUACCAGCUAGUGUUGCGCAUUCCCGACGGACUGACCGAGCUCAAGAGCCGUCUGGAAAAUCACAUCUACACGCAAGGCCUCGCGGCAAUUGAAAAGUGUGGCGAGUCUGCUGCCCAAGACCCUAAAAACUAUGUCAACACCAUUUUGCAAGUCCACAAAAAGUACAGCACCCUGGUUCAGGAAUCAUUCGCUAAUGACACCGGCUUUGUUGCUGCCCUCGAUAAGGCCUGCGGUAAAUUCAUCAACAACAACUCAGUUACCAAAGUGGCCAAUUCAUCUAGCAAGUCGCCCGAGUUGCUGGCAAAGUUUUGCGAUCUCCUCUUGAAGAAGACUUCAAAGAUUCACGAAGAAAAUGAACUUGAAGACACUCUCAACCAAGUGAUGAUUGUUUUCAAGUACAUUGAGGACAAGGACGUUUUCCAGAAGUUUUACAGCAAAAUGUUGGCCAAGCGACUGGUGCAGCACCUCUCUGCAAGCGACGACGCUGAAGCUAGUAUGAUAUCUAAGCUUAAGCACUCUUGCGGUUUUGAGUAUACGUCUAAGCUCCAGCGAAUGUUCCAGGACAUUGGAGUGAGCAAAGAUUUAAAUGAGCUCUUCAAGAAGAACCUCAGCAGCUCUAACGAGCAGCCCCUUGACAUUGAUUUCGGCAUCCAAGUUCUCAGCUCUGGAUCGUGGCCUUUUCAACAAACAUUCACAUUUGUCCUCCCCAAUGAACUGGAAAAGUGCAUCAACCGCUUUACCACUUUCUACAGUAGUCAGCACAGUGGUCGAAAGCUUCACUGGCUGUACAGCAUGUCUAAGGGUGAAGUUGUCACCACUUGCUUCAAGAACAAGUACACUCUCCAAGCCUCCACUUAUCAAAUCGCCGUCCUGCUGCAGUUCAACAACAAUGACAGCUACACCGUGGCUCAACUCUUUGACAGCACCAACAUCAAGAAGGAGAUGCUCGUACAGGUGUUGCAGAUUCUGCUCAAGGCGAAGCUGCUGGGCAACGGCGACGAGUACACCCUCUACGAGAACACCACCCUCUCGCUCUUCCUCGGCUACAAGAACAAGAAGCUGCGCGUCAACAUUAACGUGCCCAUGAAGGCGGAGAUCAAGCAGGACCAGGAGAAGACGCACAAGCACAUUGAGGAGGACCGAAAGCUGGUCAUUCAGGCCGCCAUUGUACGUAUUAUGAAGAUGCGCCGCACGCUAAAGCAUCAGCAACUGCUGGCGGAAGUGAUCAAUCAGCUGUCGUCGAGAUUCAAGCCCAAUGUCAAUGUUAUCAAGAAAUGCGUCGACAUACUCAUUGAGAAGGAGUACCUCGAGCGAUCUGAAGGCUCCAAGGACACCUACCAGUACCUGGCCUAA